AUGAAUCAAUUUAAGCCUUUAUUUAUAAGAGAUCGGAAAGAUGAUGAUAGCUACGCCUUGGAAUUCUUCCGCCUUAAUAAGGCUGCCAACUCACAGCCCUGUAUUCGCAUCGGCGGUCGCCAUGAUGAUCUAAAUGAGGUGGGAUAUGACACCUCUCAUCACACAAUGUUUGAAAUGCUUGGAAAUUGGUCAUUUGGUGCCUAUGGGAAGGAGGUCGCCUGUCGUCAGAUGUGGCAAUUUUUGACAGGUGUUCUCGGCUUACCCCCGUCAUGCCUCUACGUCACUUACUUUGGAGGCAGUGAUGUACUCGGUCUACCUGCUGAUGAUGAGUCGCGAGAUAUAUGGCUUAGUCUUGGUGUAAGCGAUCAGAAGUUGUUGGCGUUUGGAGCUGAGUACAACUUCUGGCGUGCGGAUCAAGCUAGUGGAGGUGGUCUUUGUGGUCCCUCAACGGAGAUUCAUGUAGACUUCGCUGCACUUUCCGGUCUCAGGGAUCUCAAUUGCGCGCGUUGUAUGGUAAAUGGUGGGGGGGCACGAAUAGUUGAGCUUUGGAACUGUGUCUUCAUUACUCAUCGGAUAGUGGAAGAGACUGAUUCUCGGAGUGUUCUUCUUCCCCUCUCCUAUCUGUCUGUCGAUACCGGUAUGGGCCUUGAACGACUGACCUCUGUCAUGCAGGGUACAAUGACCUCGUACGACACUGAUUUGUUCAUGCCCCUCUUAGACUUUAUUCAUUCGGAGGCAUUGCGGAUUACGGGUCAUUCAAUUCCAUCUUACAGCAGUUACUACAUUCUUCCUGCAGAAUCAGAAUCAGAAUCAUCUGGUCAAGGAAAAGCUGAAUCAGACUCUUCUAGUCCCAGGCACACCAAGCUCAGCAAUUUCUCGAAUUUGCUGCGAACUUUUCAUCUUGGUUAUGAGGCGCCUGAUAAACAGAUGGCUGAAACGAAUCAUUCCACUGUGGCAAGCGCACCACCGAUAGAUUAUGAGGUUCUUCACCGUGACGUGGCUUACCGUCUUGUAGCAGAUCACAGCCGAUCCAUUAGUCUUGCCCUACAAGAUGGUCUGCUGCCGGGCAGGCAGGGCGUUGGAUUGAAAUUGCGUCAUCUCAUAUGCCGAGCUACUCGAGCCGCUGUUCUCACCGGUCUUGACUCCUCUACAAAACCAUAUCUUUUGCAACGCGUCAUUGCCCAAAUUCCCCCCCUUGCUCCCUUCUCAUCCGAUAUUGAAGGUCCCUUGGCUCGUUCCUCUUCACCACUUCUUUCUUCUGAACAGGUAACUGAAGUGAUUGAAAAAGAAGUGUGUCGAUUUAUUCCUCGAAUUAGUAAACUUGAAGAUGCGUUUAACACCUGUCUUCGUGAUGUCGAUGAAGAGGGUUCUUUGUCAGAUCAUCAAGUGGAGGGACUUCUUGAAGGACGCUACGGUGAACCGGUUAGCUGGGACAUUAUUUGUGCUCAGGCUCGGUGGUAUGGUUUAAAGACUCCGUCUGGACCGCCCCAGCCGAAGGCUGGUAGGCGGUCGUCGGUGUCGCCCUCCUCCUUCCAGUCACCGGACAUCUCUAACCGGCUGCGCAAGCUCCUUGAGGGCCUACCCGCCACUCAUGAUCGCAACAAAUACCAAAUCAAUCGUGUGCUUCGAGCCACGUCGUCAUCACCCGGCUGUGACUUAUCGCACAUUUAUGAUCACUUCCUCAUAAUCGUCGUUUGGUAA